UCGGGAAAUGCCCAACAGAAAAAAUGAUCGGAAUUCAAGCGCUGAUCACAAUGUGUAUGCAGUAAACUUGCAAGGCUGAGAAAGCAUGGGGCGUGCUUAUUUUACCAAUUGAUUUAUGUUUUUGGCAAAAAGCGAUGACUGUGAUGCCCCGCAGAUGCCACGCAGAUGCCAAGUCAAAGUUUAUAUGCAUUCCCAAAUCUACUCCUCCAUCACACAAAUGUGUCCAAUUUUCUCCCUAUUUGUAAUAAUAUGCAUGCUCACAGUGUUGAGAAUUGCAAAAGGUGUCCGAGAUCCACACUACAUCUUGCACACCGACAAGAAUGCUGAGCGUUACAAGAAUGGUUUGGUCAAGCUACCUCCGACCCAUAAAUAUCUCAAUGCUGUACGAAAGUGGAAAAAGGAUCCGUACGUAGGACGAAUUGCAUAUUCGUACGGCCAUCUACCUUAUGGCUAUUUUGGCAGAGAAGAGGUAGACAAAUUAGUGGCACAGCGUGAAAGGCAUGAAAAUAAAACAGAGAUGUACGUAAAAGCAGGUAAGCUACUAUAUCAUGACAACAAAGUUGUAGCCGGACUGAUCUUUGAUCGUGCCAAGAAACAUCGCACAAAAGCACAGAAUGUGCACGAAGAAUUGGAAAAAGAACGUUCAAAAGCUCACAAAUACACUUCCUGGAAGAAGAGGUAGCUGAGUCCAGUCAAAUUCAGCAGUGGCGAAAAAUGAAGUAUGCCUCAUAUGCAAAUUUUGCAUUCUUGUACGGAUCCGUACAAGGGCUGAUGAACUCGGCGUAGCCAACAGAGGUUUGGCGUCGUCCAGAAACACAAUUGGUAAAGAUAAAUAGAAAGUCGGAUGUGAAAGUUUGUAGUAUACUAUCAUCUCUAAUUAUGAUUUAUCCUCC